UUCUCUUUUGUCAUAAGAAGGAACGCAACCGAGUAGGGAAGGUGUAUCCCACAGCUCCGCAAGCUGGAACGUGAGCCAAGAGGCCUAGACCGGCUAAGGGAUUGAGAGACACUCCCAAAGAUGCGCGGCUGCUCCUUUCCAGCCUCCCGGCUGUUACCCUUUUAAAUGUCGGCGUUCGAGGCUGUAGAGGUAGCACGAGGCAUCGAAACAGAACUGUCGGAUUGGCCGCACGCCUCAGUUCUAGACGCACCUCUCCACCGAAAGGCUGUUCUGACUGGCAGGGGAAGAAAGUAAACAGAGUUGAAUCACCCUCCCCACUGGCCAAUUGGAGGGGGUUUGGAUUGUGACGUGAUGGGAUUCUGCGAAAUUGUUACUGAGCGAGAGAAUGCCGGAACGGUGCGGACCGGCAAGAGCAGGGGCUCAGAAGCCGGCAGUGGACUGGGGGAAAAGUGUCUCUUAGACCUGGCGCUUUGUCCGGCCCUUGCCACCCACGUCCGGGUGGUUGGGUGAAUGUCCUGGGGCUUUGGCUCGACUGAAAAGGCGGCCGAGGGCGUGUACCUCUCUUGCAGUUUCCUCUCCCAGCGCCUCGGGGGCGUUUUCGGUCGAAUAAACUUGCGACCGCCACGUGUGGCAUCUUUCCAGGGGAGCCGGCUCGGAGCAGACUGUGCGCCCGUCGGGGGGAUUGCGCCCGGCUCUGGGCACCGGAGGCGGCGAGAGGCGGCAGCGCGGCGGAGCCCGGGGCCGUGGAUGCUGCGUGCGGAGGCGCUGCCGGUUACGUAAAGAUGAGGGGCUGAGGUCGCCUCGGCGCUCCUGCGAGUCGGAAGCGCCCCGCGCCCCCGCCCCCUUGGCCGCUGCGCCGCGCUGCGCCGCGCUCAUCGUCCGAGGCCAGGACACGGCAAGCCGAACCUCCGCAGCCACCGCCAAGUUUGGCCGCGCCUCCGGGGCUGCUGUCGCCCGCACCAUGUCCGCGGCCGCCUACAUGGACUUCGUGGCUGCCCAGUGUCUGGUUUCCAUUUCGAACCGCGCUGCGGUGCCGGAGCAUGGGGGCGCUCCGGACGCCGAGCGGCUGCGACUACCUGAGCGCGAGGUGACCAAGGAGCAUGGUGACCCGGGGGACACCUGGAAGGAUUACUGCACGCUGGUCACCAUCGCCAAGAGCUUGUUGGACCUGAACAAGUACCGACCCAUCCAGACCCCCUCGGUGUGCAGCGACAGCCUGGAGAGUCCAGAUGAGGAUAUGGGAUCCGACAGCGACGUGACCACCGAAUCUGGGUCGAGUCCUUCCCACAGCCCGGAGGAGAGACAGGAUCCUGGCAGCGCGCCCAGCCCGCUCUCCCUCCUCCACCCUGGAGUGGCUGCGAAGGGGAAACACGCCUCCGAAAAGAGGCACAAGUGCCCCUACAGUGGCUGUGGGAAAGUCUAUGGAAAAUCCUCCCAUCUCAAAGCCCAUUACAGAGUGCAUACAGGUGAACGGCCCUUUCCCUGCACGUGGCCAGACUGCCUUAAAAAGUUCUCUCGCUCCGACGAGCUGACCCGCCACUACCGGACCCACACGGGGGAGAAGCAGUUCCGCUGUCCGCUGUGUGAGAAGCGCUUCAUGAGGAGCGACCACCUGACCAAGCAUGCCCGGCGGCACACGGAGUUCCACCCCAGCAUGAUCAAGCGAUCCAAAAAGGCGCUGGCCAACCCUUUGUGAGGUGCUGCCCACCGAGCCAGGGAGGGACGGACCCGGAAGGACGAACUACUCCCAGCGAACAGACAGGUGGGAACCACGGCCCAGAAGAGGCGCGCUGCCAGCACAGGAAGUCGCUGUUCUUUGGUCACUAGUCUAAUUUUCCUCUCCCUGCGUUGUUUUUAAAAAGCACAUUGUAGCCUAAGAUCAAAGUCAACACUUGGUCCCCCUUGCAGAGGCAACUCUGAACCGUCUCUGACUGUUGGAGGGAAGACAAAUGCUUUUUUUUUUUUUUUUCCCUCUCCCUAAUUUUCUUUUGGGGGGGUGGAG